AUGCUUGGGGUAAUUCUAAAGAACGCCCUCCAGAGAAGCAGGUAUCACAUUACUGCCCGUUUGAACCGUCCCCACAUAAGGGUCCCACAGUUUAGCAGCCAAAAUAACUCCCCCUUGGCCGUUGAAAAGGACCCUUUCUACAUUAACCCAUUAAGGAAAUUAACCUGCAUAGGAUGUGGAGAGUUUCUCCAAACGACGGAUGAAAGAAAAUCGGGGUUCGUCCCCUUUAGUGUGUACGAAAAGUACAGCAGUGGGCGAAUAAAAUUCUACACCAAAGUGAAGGGGGAGGAAGUGACUUCAGUUCCUGACGGGGUGAAGGUGGAUGUGAAUGACUUCCCCAGUUUUCGGGUCAAGACGAAGAUUAUUCUCUGCAGAAGAUGCUAUAGGCUUCAGCAUUAUAAAUGUUCCAACACACAAUGUGAGGUGGAUACGAACAGGAUUGAAAAUAUUAUCAAGUGCAGGACGCAGCUGCAGGAGGAGGUGAAGCGUCGGAGGAAGGGGGGAGGGACCACAAUAGGGAGGUCCCCCUCUACACAGAAUGAACCGGAUGAACAGGCAUUCCGGGGGAGCAUCCCUCCGAGUUGUACCACCCCCACAGGGGAACUUUCUGACGAAAUGGGAAUGUCCCCCCCCGUUUGUGAAGGCGCUUCUCUAAAGGGAGACCUUCAUGAAGGUGCACCCGACGAAGGUGAUUCCCCCGCCGAGAUGGUGAACCCAACGGAAAGUUCCAAUCUUAAAAAUGAAGUGAACAAAUUGUUGGAACGGGUUGUGCGUGGGAGGAAGCAUAAAUGGGGGGCCUUAGCACCUAGAAAGGGAGGGCAAAAAGAAGGAAGCACAACGGAGGGGAAUAUCCCGAAUGAUCGCUUCACCAAAGUUGAGGAACAAAGAAAACAAAACCGCGUAACGAAUGAAGCGGGAGGGGAUAGUCCCACCCAAAUGGAGGAUACAGGAGUGACUUCCCAACGAGAAGACUACUACUACGACCCGUCGUACAGUAUUGACCAGAGGAGCGUAAACAUCUACGAGAAAAAAGACAUCCUAAAAAAAAGAAAUAACAUGAAAAAGUUGGACGUGGAAAAAAUGCAGGUCAGCACAGCCAAGUAUGUCCAAGCGGACAGAAAUGAGGUGAUGAAUAAUUUGAUAAAAAAAAUGAAAAGAAAAUCUCUAGUCCUGUACCUAAUCGAUAUAACAAAUAUUGAAAAUACCAUCCUCCCAGAGCUCUACAUAGCGUGUAAAAAUAAAGACAUAAACAUCAUAUGGCUAGUCAAUAAAGUGGACUGCCUACCUAAGUCAACAAAUCUGGACAUGGUAAAAAUCUGGUUCCGCAACUUAGUAAGGCAAAUAAAAAACGCCCAUAUAAAUGAUUUAAUAUUCAUUUCAGCUUUAAAGUUUUACAAUCUUAACAUGUUAGAGGAAAGAAUGAAGUACUAUGUCGAUCUAGAAAAAGGAACAGACAUCUACAUAGUCGGGUGUGUGAAUGUAGGGAAGUCAUCCUUCGUCAAUUCUUUCUUAAAGUACAUAAAUUAUAAGCACUUAGGAGAUAUUUAUAGUAGGAGAAAAAAAGGAGGCGUUACCACAUCGAACAUUCCAUAUACGACAUUAAAUUAUAACACUUUUCAAUUAAAAAAAAAUAUUAAAAUUAUCGAUACGGUAGGGAUUCCAACAAAGUAUCAAUAUGCUUCUAUCCUGUACAAAGAUAUAGACCUAAACAGCAUUUGCUUAAACAAACGAAUUCAGCCCUUUACGUAUAAAUUGAAAGAAAAUUCGUCCAUCCUAUUAGGUAGUCUUUGCUAUAUCAAUUUAGUGUAUGGUCCCUUCGCCCUGGUGACUUUUUAUAUUUCGAAUAGGGUCACCAUUCACAUGUGCAGAAGUGAGAAGGUGGAAGAAUUUUUGGAGAAAAAAAAAUGCUCCUUCUUGUACCCUCCUCAUGUCAAAGCAGAUUUUGAUCUUCUAAAACCUUUUGUCAAACACACCGUUAAAGUCUUUGGGAAAGAUUUCGAAAGCAUCGACGAUAUCGUCAUUUCUGACUUGUGCUGGUUCUCAGUCAGUGGCAGGGGGAUUAAGAUAUUCGAGAUAUACGCCCCAAAGAAUGUCAAAAUAUAUAGAAGACCUUCCAUGAUUACUGAUGCGGUUAAGCACACCCAGGUGGAUGUUUUCAAAUACAAGUCCUAUCGGGGAAGGACCGCCAAGGUGCUCCGGAAGAAGAAGAAGCUCAUUGAGGAGCUGGAUAGGCUAAACCCGAGACGUCGCCAAGAAAUGAAGAACCUCACCCUGCAGGCGGAGCUCGCGCAGCUGCGCAAUUUGGCCACCUUUAACGACGCGCCGGUGAAGGUGGAUUCAUUGGAAGGUGCAGAGGCUGAUGCGCCAAGCGGUGUGGCCAACUCCACGCUGGGCACCACGCCGGGCACCACGCCAGUCGCCCCGCUCAUUGGAGACAAGAUCGACAUAGAAAGCAUCACCCAUUAUUUGUAA